AUGUCAACGAAGCCAGCAACCGCAUCUCGACCUUCGGGAAAAGAGUCUUAUUUCAAGGAUAAGGAUAAGCCUGAAGGCGUUCGCAACAGCAAUAUCAUUGCUGCAAAAGCAGUGACCGAUGCUGUGCGAACAUCUCUCGGUCCACGUGGAAUGGAUAAGAUGAUUCAGUCUGGGAAUGGCGAUGUAACGAUCACCAACGAUGGUGCGACAAUACUUAAUCAAAUGAGUGUUGUCCAUCCUACUGCUAAAAUGCUUGUCGAACUUGCAAAAGCCCAAGAUAUCGAAGCUGGUGAUGGAACAACCACCGUUGUAGUGAUUGCUGGUGCACUUCUGGACGCUGCCCAGGCUCUACUCGAGAAAGGAAUUCAUCCCACCACCAUUUCCGAGUCGUUCCAAGCUGCUGCUGAAGAGGCUGUGAAGGUGUUGGAAGGAAUGAGUUCUCCUGUUGACCUUAGCAACGAAGAACUCUUAGUCAAGAUGUGUCAAGUUCGCUUUCAGGUGGUUUCUCAACAUUCCUGGUUGCUGGCGCCAAUGGCUGUUAAUGCCGUGAAACGUAUCAUCGAUCCUGUUCGCGAUACCUCUGUGAAUUUGAAAAUGAUUAAGAUCAUCAAGAAGAUGGGAGACACAGUGGAGGAGUCGGAGAUGAUAGAUGGAGCCCUUAUAGACCAAAAAACGAUGGGACGUGGGGGACCAACUCGCGUCGAGAAGGCCAAAAUCGGACUUAUACAGUUUCAGCUUAGUCCUCCUAAGACAGACAUGGAAAAUCAAGUAAUUAUCUCUGAUUACACACAAAUGGAUCGGGCUUUAAAGGAAGAACGUCAGUAUUUGCUGGACUUGUGCAAGCAAAUCAAAAAAGCGGGAUGCAAUGUGCUUUUAAUUCAAAAGAGUAUUCUCAGGGAUGCUGUAAAUGAACUGUCUCUACACUUCCUUGCCAAGAUGAAAAUUAUGGUAGUGAAGGACAUCGAACGCGAGGAUAUCGAGUUUUACUCGAAGAUUCUUGGUUGCCGACCUAUCGCAUCUGUGGAUCACUUUGUACCAGAAGCUCUUGGUAGUGCUGAUCUUGUUGAGGAGAUCCCAUGUGGAGGUGAUGGAAAAGUCAUUAAGGUCACUGGUGUUGCAAACCCAGGACAAGCUUGCUCAAUUCUGUUGCGUGGAUCCAACAAGCUGGUUCUAGAAGAGGCCGAACGCUCUCUUCACGACGCGCUUUGCGUUAUUCGUUGUUUAGUCAAGAAGAGGGCCCUUCUUCCAGGAGGAGGUGCACCCGAAAUGGAAGUGGCAGUACAGCUGCGCCAGCUAGCUCAGAAACAACAUGGAGCUCAGCAGUAUUGCUGGAGAGCAUUCGCUGAUGCCUUGGAGUUGGUCCCCUACACCUUGGCCGAGAAUGCUGGCUUAUCCCCGAUUCACACUGUUACCGAGUUACGUGCGCAGCAUGCCAAUGGCAAUACUGACUAUGGCGUUAAUGUUAGGAAGGUANNNAUGUCAGCUAUCAAGUUAGCUUCUGAAUGCGUUAGGUCUAUUCUCAAGAUUGACGACAUAGUGAUGUCAGUUCGGUCUCUUGGUCCUGCCCUCCACGUUUUGUUCCGCCCUCAGCUCCUCAUAAAAUAA